AUGGCUUCGUCUCAGUCCACUCUCACUGUUGAAGAUUUGAACAGAUUGCUAUUCAACAUGGAAUACAACGAUUAUGGUGAGUCAUCGCAAUUCUUGGCAGCGUGUCGACUGAUUGUCUCAACGAAUCGUUCAGCUGCUGCUCUUUCUAUGAAUGAUGAUCCCAAGCAGUUUAGUCAUCAGCAACCGGAUACUUCUGCACUCUUCGCAUCGGUUAUUGGUGAUAUUACACCUGCUGCGGCUGCAGUGCUUGGCGAAUCGCCUGCUAUUGAAACUCCGUAUCUCGACGCAAGCAUGACGCCUUAUUCACACACACCUGCCACCGCAUUCACACCAUACACACCUUACACACCUGCAACGGCAUUCACACCUUCUCUCAGUGAUAUACAGGGUUCUCCUCACUUUUCACCUUGUAUAGAAGGUCACGAUAUCUCUAUGGCUCAUUAUUUACCUAUGGAGUGUAAUCAGGUUGCAGCUUCUUCAGUCACAGAUGGCAACAACUGGUUUGGUGAACCUUCAACAAGCACUCCCGCUACGUUCAGUGGUGAUCCAUCACAACUUGUGCUUGAUAAGAGUAAGGAUACGCCAGCUAUGAACAGCUCUCGUUUGGCUUGGCAUGAUGAACCCGCAGCUGAAGAAUCCGACAUGCUCUUCCCUCCUCUCGAUGAUGAUGACAAUGUCGAUCCUUAUCCAUCCACCAUCACCGACAAUCAACAUGAUCUUCUCAACGCUUUGAUGGGAUUCGAUUUUGGUGUGGAACAACAUCAACAACAAUAUGACCAACAACAACAACAACAAUCAUCAUCAUCUCAAAACAACAACAAUGAGAAUGAAAAGCAACAACAAGAAGUACAAGAGAAUCAAAAGGAAUCAUCCUCUCAAGAUGUUCAUCAUCAAGAAGAACCACAAGCCAAGGAACACAUUGAAGAGCCAUCCAACAAGAAGAAGCAGGCUUCUUCCCGUAAGCGACGCAACACCGCAACUGAAUCAUCGAAUCCCAAGCGUCGUCGUUCUGCUGCUAGUGAUGCAAACGCCAAGCGAUACGAAUGCCCUAUUUGCAAGACAUGCUUCAACCGCCGAUACAACUUGGGCACACAUAUCAAGACUCAUGACAAGAAUCGCAAGAAGGAAUUUGAGUGCACUGUAUGUCCCAAGAGCUUUGAUAGACGUCAUGAUCGUGAUCGACACAUUGCCACUGUUCAUCUUGGUGAGCGCUCUUAUGCAUGUGGACGUUGCCAGGCAGCAUUCAGUCGUAAGGAUGCCUUGACUCGACACAUAGACCAAAAACAUGGCGUGGUGUGA